UUCAAAUGAUAGACAAUAGAAGUCCAUCUUCUCUCUUGAAUAAGUCAUAGUUUCUUUUCCCAAUAUGGCCUUUCAUAACAGGCAUCUCUGUGUGAGAGCGUCCGUAUCCUCAACAAGACUACUGCAGUCUUGCGUUGCGUUCUGUGGAAGCCUCGGGGAUGUAGUUACUCGUUGGAUGGACAAGAUAACGAGUCUGCAAUGACCGUGACAUUCCACUGACAGAUGGUAGCAUGGUCCUCCACCUCCUCUCUGUCGUUGUCUCGUUGGGUUUGUCUUGUUCACUUAAACACACACACACACACAGAGACACACACAGACACACACACACACUUUACAUACUGUAUGUGUGUUUAUGUGAACUUAUGAUACACACUUAGAGACACAGGAGGUGUAAGACUGGGGGGACACGAUGCUGAAUCUCAGCUCACAGCUCUUGUUUAUGGUUGUAGUCCAGCCAGACUGUUUGGAGACAAUUCCCACUAGGAGGACCCGGGCAGUAUAAAAGCCAACGGGGGUCCGGCUCUCUUCAGUCCACCACUGGGAGACCAGCGACACAUAUUCCCUCACACACACAGACACACACACACGCACACACACACACACACAUGCACACACUCAGGGACGCGUGGCAGGGAUUCUUCUAAGAAAAACAAGAAAGAAAGAAAGAAAAAAAACACGAGACGAGAACAAACGUGAGAGACGGAGUCGACCGGAGGACAGAGCCGGACGCUCACCAUGGCCACCCUGGUCAUCGUCAACGACUCCUUCGGGAACAUCUCGAUCUACAACGAGGUGACCUACGAGGACGACGACGCGGCCUCGUGCCACCACGUGGUGCCGCCGGAACACCAGAAGCAGCUCAUCCCGGCCGUCUACGCCCUCAUCUUCCUCUUCGGCACCGUCGGCAACAGCCUGGUGCUGCUGGUCCUCUGCCGGCGUGGCCCUGGUCGCCGGACGGUGGCCAACACCUACAUGGUCAACUUGGCGCUGUCCGACCUGCUCUUUCUUCUCAGCCUGCCCUUCUGGGCCGUCCAGUACGCGCUGGACUAUCACUGGCCGUUCGGCGCGUUCAUGUGCAAGGCGUGCAGCGCCACGCUGACGCUCAACCUCUACGCCAGCAUCUUCUUCAUCACCUGCAUGAGCGCCGACCGCUACCUGGCCAUCGUGCGGCCGCUGCGCUCGCAGAGCUGUCGCCGCCUGUGCCGGGCGCGGUUGGUCAGCGGCGCGGUGUGGCUGCUGGCCGGCUGCGCCACCGUGCCCGUGCUGGUGUUGCGCAACACCGCGCAACUCGGGCAGGAAGUGACCGCCUGCGUUCUGCACUACCCGAGCGACGGCUGGGUGACCGGGCUGGCGCUCACCAAGACCAUCGUGGGCUUCCUGCUCCCGCUGGUAGUCAUCGUCACCUGCUACUGCGAAAUAGGGCGCCACCUGCUGGCCGCGACAACGACAGGUGGGACGGGGACGGGCGCCGGCGCCGACAGCCGCGGCGGCGGCCCAGACAAGGCGGCCGGCGGCGGUCACUCGUCGGGCACCAACAACGUGGACCACGUGCUGAGGAUGGUGGUGGCAGUGGUGCUCGCCUUCUUCCUCUGCUGGUUCCCCUUCCACACUGUGACGCUGCUGGACGUCCUCCACCACCAGGGGGCGAUGCGGGGCUGCUGGGUGCGUCGCGCCGUCGAGACGCUGCUGCCCUUCACCAGCUGCCUGGGCUUCUCCAACAGCGCCGUCAAUCCCUUCCUCUACUGCUUCGUGGGGAACCACUUCCGCGAGCAGCUCAGCGGACGCUGGGGGAACCGGAGGCUCGGAGGAGGAGGAGGCGGAGGAGGAGGGGUCAGUUUGGGGGGAGGAGGUGGGCCUGGGGGGUCCUCGCAGCAUAUAAGGGGGUCCUUCAGCACGCGCCUCAGCUCGCUCUCGCGCAAACUCAGCGACCUCAAGGACCUGGGGGCUCCCGAGAGCCCCGCACCUGUCUGACAUCCCAUAAUAAGGACAGGCAAUGUGUGUGUGUAUGUGUGUGUGUGUGUGUGUGUAUUUGGGUGUAAAAGGGGUGAGGGUGACAUGGGCUGGGAUGUGGAUGUAUGUUGGUGUUGUGAGGGGUUGAGGGUGGGGGGUGCAUGUGUGUGCGGGGAUGAGUAGAGGUGCUCUUGCUGUGGAUGGGACUUGGUUUGACAUCCCAUAAUUGAGCACUUGGAGGUGGGGUGUGUGUGUGCAUACUGUAUGUGCUUGUGUGCGUGUGUGUGUGUGUGUGUGUGUGUGUGUGUGUGUGUGUGUGUGUGUGUGUGUGUGUGUGUUUGAGAGCGCUGGGGGUCACGGAUCACGGAAGACGAGUGAAAAAACCAAGGACAAGUCAUCCUCGGAGACAACCAGAGGUGUGACAUCCCAUAAUUAAGCUGCAGGCCUGACAUAAAGGAGAGUGAAGGGAAAGCGGGCUCUGUCCCCUCCACAGCCAUCGAUUCUGCGCCAGCUAACCUCCAUUUUAUCACCCGGGCCUUAUGGGGAUUAAUGUCCUGAAAACGCGGUGUUCUCUUAAGAUUGAUUACAGACAGUCCGUCGUGAGAAGACCCAGAACUAUGCCAGACUACUCAGCCACAAUCUCAGAAUAACACCCCGCUGUUUGACCUCUUUUAGAGGGGAAUUAAUACGGACAGGUAUCAAGCCUAUAUUCUUUUCUUCUCUCAGCAAUGACUGACUUUUAUUUUCUUUAACCAACACUGAAAAUAAGCAUGACAAUCACUGAGGACUCUAACUAAUAAAACAGAUCCUCCUCCA